GCUCGCACGCGGCGUGACUGCGUAUAUGUGUGCGAUGUAAGCAAAGCGGCUUGUGUCGUACGUCGUACGUUCGAACGCAAUUUUGUUGGGUUUUCCGUAACGCCGAGUAAAUGAGACGCGGUGCGCGACGCGAGAAUCGACGAGUGUCUUGCCGAGAGCGCGAUCAAGCACGAUGAAUUAUUUGAACAGCACGACGACGGGCGGCACGACCACCGCCGACUCGGGGCUGCAGCUGAACAACGUCGAGGUUCUCUACACGAAGGUGCAGAAGAUAUACAUCAAGCCGCAGCAUAAGGAGGAGCGACAGCGGGAUCUCAGAGUCAGCGUCGAGAUUCACGCCGGCAUCAGUCCAGUUUGCCACAAGAGCCUGAACGUUUUGCUGAGCGACGAUGACGAUCCUUGCCUUCUCUACUCCCUGUUCAUCACCGAGGAAGAUUUUAAAGUGCUGAAAGCGCAGCAGGGCCUCCUGGUUGACUUCCAUAACUUUGCUACUCAGUUGAAAUGCUUGCUGGAGCAAUGCCAGGCUUCGGGAACGAGCCUGCCAAAGACUCCACCGAAGUUUCUUCUGCUGUUGGCUGAAGAGUCUGGAGAUUGGAACUUCAAGUUUGUGGAGACGAACAAUUUCAAGCACCUCUGUCACUUGAGUCUAAACAUAUCGCCUGCUAAUGACGCCAACUUGAAGACGCACAUGGCGAUGAAGAUUAAACAGUUGAAAGAGAAUAUUUUGCAGCACAGUAACGACGUGAUUGGUUUGAAUACCAGGUUGAAUGAUUUAACGAACAAGCUGGAAGUAAAGACGAAAGAGCUGGAGCAGUUGGAGCAGAAAUGCCUAGCUGAGAAGAAUCAGAUGCAGAUGAACUCGUCGCAGCAAAUAAGUAUAGAGAAGGACAGAUUGUCUCAAGCUCGACUGGAAUGGCAACGACAAAGCGAGAAGGAGAAAAUGGAAGUUGAACAGAGACACGCUGAGACCGUGAAACAAUUGCAUACAGAACUUGCCGAAUUGCGGACACAGAACAUGACAUACAAGGACAAGCAGUCCUUGUUAGACGCUACAAACGCGGAACAGAUCAAGCAAUUACAGAAUCUCGAGAAGGAGCUGAAUAUCGCCCAACGAGAUCUCGCGCUGCUCAAGAAGCAAAAUUCGAAAUUGGACGUGGAUUACCACGAUAGGGAUAAAACCGUUAACAGCUUGCGUACGAAAGUAGCUGUACUCGAGCAAGAAUUGAAAGACAAGACGGUGAUCAUCAAUAAACAUAUGGAAAUGUUAAAAUCGGGUAAAGAACAGAAGCAGCACUUGGAGGAGCUUUUGAUCGAAAAAGACAAUCAGUUGCAACGCAAACAGAAUUCCCUGAGGAGCCUGAGCGACGAAUUGGUAAAGGCUAACGAGAUUUUAACGAAACUACAAAGUGAGCUCGCUUCGUCCAAGUCGAAAUUAAAAUUGAGGACAGGUAUAGCACUCGAGCAGGAAAAAUUGUUGGAUACCAAGCAGAAGGAGGUCGGCCAAUUAGAAACGAAGAUGGAGGGUUUUAUCAGAGACGCGAAGGAUGCGCAGAGUAAAGUAGACGAAUUAAAGGAGCAGGUGAAAACACUGCAACAUCAGUUGGAGGAAAAGGAAAAAAUCAUAAAGAAUAAUGAUAAUGUGAUCAGCUGGUUGAAUCGGAGAUUGGCGGAUAGUCAGCCGUUGCAAAACGCUACUGCUAAUCCAGCUCCGGUUACGGUUCCGCCUUCCAUUCCGCUAACGUUACCCAGAACGAACAAGUUAUUUCCUAAUCGAUACGAAACACGCACGCCCGCGCCUAACAUGAUGCAGCCCAGUACGUUGUCGGGAUUACUGAAAAAUCCAAACAUGCAAAAUUUGAACAUUAAUCAGACCACUCGUACGACAGCUCGAUCGAUGGGUGUCGGUGUGACGGACAGUUCCGGGUUAACUACAUUCAAGAGCGGUCAGAUUUCGAGCACCAGCACGCCUAUGGAGCGUUUCAAUUUGUUGAACAAGACCUCGGGACAUCCGUCGACAUCGGCGCCGAUUAUAAUCGAGAAUAACAACGGCCCGGCGAUAAUGUCGAAUGGUACAAAAGCGAAAAGUGCGAGUGUCGGUCUGCAGGGCGGAUUGAGGAGAGCGGGUUUGUCCGACAAGCCCAUUUUACCAUCGGCGUAUUUUCCCAAGACUCUGCAUUAAUCAAAGCGUCGAGGCCGCCAUAGAAACUAAUAAGUUAAAUUUGUAUCUAAAAUAUUUUAAUAAUCAAAACGUAGAGAAAUGACGAAACUGCAAUAUUGUCACUGGCACGUGACGAUAUUGCAAGUUUAUCGUUUCGGAGAUAGUACAAAUGCAAUACUUGUGUAAGAAUGAUAGAAGUAUUAUUUACAAGACAUUCUUUAUGAGGGGGAAAAUAUCUAACAAUUCUUAAUUUUACAUUGGCACUUUGUUUUUAUACAUGAAAAUAUAAUAUAUAGAUAGCAUGAAUUUGAUCAUGUCGUGUCAAUGUAGGAUUAAUAAUAAUAUAUAAUUUUAUUGUACAUAGCGAUACGGACUAACAUAUAUUCCGAUCUCCAUUUGUUACGUAAAGUGUCUACGAUUACUGUAUUAAAAGACUUUUAACUUACAAUCAACUUUUUACUAGAAUUCGCUUCGAUAUUAUUAUAUUGUUAUAAGUACAAUGAAAAAUUUUAAUAUACAGAGAUGAUCUUAUGAGAAAGUACGUUCUAAAUCGAGACAUACAAAAUACAAUGUGUAAUGAUACACGUAUGUACAAAGUUGCAAUUUAUAUAUACAUGUAAUAAGACCAAAAAUAUCUUUUAUCGAACAAUUUUUACGUCUCGCAAUUUUAAAUCGAAAGUUUUGCGUGUAACUGCACUUUUUAAUCUACAACUUAUAAAUUGUGGUUCUAUGUUAGAUAUUGUUUCGAAGGUAUAAUUGUAUGACAAAUUUAAAAUGGAUGGAGGAACUUAACAUGGCACACGUUUUCUCAAUCACAAUUGCGAUCUCUUGUGUAACUAAUCAUUAGCCUUUACAUUAUUACUAGAUUCGUAUUUCUUUUACGUGUACAAUGUACUAAACACAUUCUAAUAGGUACCUGGAAAA